UUUCAUUAUCAUCCACUGACAGUUGCUUGCAAAGUUUGUUGUAAUCGUUUGUAGAAUAGAGCCCGUUCAAAUGGAAAAUGUAGUUAGCGGAGAUUAGUGCUUUUCGUGUGUGUCUAGAAAAUAUGACCCCCCGAGAAAUUUUCUCAAAUUAGCUGUAACUGAAAAGCUGAUUCAAAAUGCUGCCUCAGUACGAGCUUAUUGGGUCUAGCGCAUCGGAGCUGACUGGCGCCCGUAGUACCUUUCGGAUUCGCUUCGGUAGGCUGGCAGUCAUUACGGUGAUGUUUCCGGUUCUUGGAUUUCUUUUUUGCGUUGUAUGGUCCUUGUUGUACAACUUUGACCAGGCUAAUUCAACCCACUGUAUGGUAUACAAUUUUCUGCCUUCGCUGUCAGCCGCUAUCGGAAACUACCAGCCUCAGCGAUUUGUCUGGCAAUUUUCUGUUUUAAUUCAUGCCCUACCUAGGUACGCGAUUGCAUUUUUGUACAAAGACUUCCAUGUCGGUCUACUACGGAAACGACGAAAGGAACUUGCCUAUGUGGCUUGUUUUCUUAACAUCACCGAACUUAGCUCUCUGGUCGGGCUAACAAUGUGGACCUCUGUUUCUAAUUACGAGGUGCACAAAUUCUGCUUUAGCACUUUUGUGAUCGUUUCAAUGCUGUACAUGGUGGUGCUAAUAGUAAUAAACCGUGCAACUCGUGAGGGGGACAUGAUGACCGCUUCAGAACGCAAGUCAAUUAAAUUCAAGAAGAGAUUGUUUUUGGCAAAUCUCUUAUCGAUUCUACUAGCUGUAUAUUUCUUUGUCAGGCACAAUACUUACUGCGAACCGGGAGUCUAUUCGUUAUUUGCUCUAAGCGAAUACGUCUUCGUCUACAGCAAUAUUGGCUUCCACAUGACGGCUUACUGGGAUUUUAUCAACGCAAAUCUGUACUUUGACUGGAGAACUGGCAUCCACUUUUCGGGUAUCUAAAAUCGUCUAAGUAAAUAGUAUAGUAGUUUUUUACCAAUGAUCUAUGAUAACACCGUAAGAAAGUAUGUUAGCAUCUAAGUAGGCAUUAUUGUAGUAUUGAAUACUUAUCAAUUAGUAAUUGCAAUCAGUUUACUGGAAAAUUACUAGAGCUGGUAUUACCAUAUACACAUGCUAGAUUUUUUAAUUGUUUUAUGGUUACAGUUCGUGUAUCACUUAUUUUGUUUUCUGUCUGCCUCAACGUAAACAUGCUGAAAGUCAUACGUUUUAGAACAGUUAAAACUUUGCUGUUUAUCAAACAGAAUAAAUGCCAACAAGGAAUUAAUUUACAAUUUCUUCAGUACUUUUAUUAACAGAAGAUGACCACACUCUUUGUGGCUAUUUUAUACCAAAUACUUCGAAUUAAAAAGUUUUGUUAGAGAAAAAAGAA